AUGCCUCCAGGAAGGUCAACGACGGCCACAGCCGCCGCCAUCACUGGUCACGGCACAAGACCGGGACAGGGUCUUCACCCAAGCUCCCACACCACCUCAGCCACACAUCAUCCCGCACCGGCACCAGCGAGCCCACCAACCACCACCACCAUCGGAGCUGCCCAACGACGAAUCAGCAUCACCCACAGCUGGGGCGCUCUUCGCCGACAACCCGGGCCCCCGACCCGCACAUCACCAGGGCGUCCUCGCGACGUCCUGCCGCGCCCCUCGCUGCCGAAGCCGCCGCCCGAGCCCGCCCCCGCACCACAGGGCUGGCAGGCUCGUCCACGCAUCGCCACACAGCCUCCCUCGAGGAAGUGCAGCCACGCCUCCACCGGCCGCAGAAGAGAAGUUGCGCGCCGCCCGUCCCGUGCGACGCCGCCGCGUCGCCGUCCUCACUCGUGGCACACCGCCGCUGCCACGAGCCUGCAGACGCCGGCCGGAACAGCCGUGUCCCGACCAGCCUGCCCCCCCCACGGUGGCCCGCCGCAAGGCCUGCCUGCGCCGGCGAGCCGCCGCGCCCCACGCGCGCCUCCCACCGCCAUCCCACGCGGACCACAGGCGCCGCUCGUCGCCGUGCCAGAUCCGCGCCCGGCCGCGCCCGCCCACAGCACCGUGGCGCCAGGAAGCAGCGGCACCUGCGAGACGCCACCUCUGCGCCGACCGGCCGGCCACCAUCUCCGUGCCGACGGGCCAAACGCCGCUGCCCGACCCGAGCUCGGCCCCCAGAUCCACCGCGAGUCAACGCCCCGCCUCGAGCGCACGCGAGAACCAGCAGAAACGCACGGCGGCCUCCUCGGGUGGCGGCGAGGCGACUCAGCGACCCCACCGCCGGCCUCCGCCCUCUGCGCACCGGCGACCUCCCCUCCCCUCCUCUCCCUUCCCUUCCCUUCCCCCAUAUCGAGAAGGGAGGCCAUGGUGCUCCCGACACGGCUGGAUCCAGACCAAGCCCGUGGGGUUCCAGCUCGACCUCCUCGCAGCGACCACGGCGGCGGGAUCCGCGGAUCCAUGGCCACGGCGGUGCGAGCGCGCAGACGCAGCCUUGAGAAGGGAGGAGGCAGGGCGGCCAUGGCGUUCCCGCCGCAGCCGGGUCACUGGCUCCACCACGAGCUCCUCGCAGUUGUCAGUGACGACGGCGACUCCGAACCCUAG